CAAACAUGCACGUGACGCUGGAGGAGGAAGGCGAGAGGGAGCACGCCGUAGGGGGCGGGACGGGUCCGAGGAAUUGAGUAUACACCCCGCUAGUCAUGAGCAGCCGCGACCACCUGUUCAAGGUGCUGGUGGUGGGGGACGCCGCAGUGGGCAAGACGUCGCUGGUGCAGCGAUAUUCCCAGGACAGCUUCAGCAAACACUACAAGUCCACGGUGGGAGUGGAUUUUGCCCUGAAGGUUCUCCAGUGGUCUGACUCAGAAAUGGUACGGCUCCAGCUGUGGGAUAUUGCAGGGCAGGAACGCUUCACCUCUAUGACACGACUAUAUUAUAGAGAUGCUUCUGCCUGUGUUAUUAUGUUUGACGUUACCAAUGCCACUACCUUCAGUAACAGCCAGAGAUGGAAACAGGACCUGGACAGCAAACUCACACUGCCCAAUGGAGAGCCUGUGCCUUGCCUGCUCCUGGCCAAUAAGUGUGAUCUGUCACCUUGGGCAGUGAGCCGGGACCAGAUUGAUCGAUUCAGUAAAGAGAAUGGUUUCACAGGUUGGACAGAAACAUCAGUCAAGGAGAACAAAAAUAUUAAUGAGGCCAUGAGAGUCCUCAUUGAAAAGAUGAUGAGCAAUACCAGAGAAGAUAUCAUGUCUUUGUCCACCCAUGGAGACUACAUCAAUCUACAAACCAAGUCCUCCUCCAGCUGGGCCUGCUGCUAGUAUUGUUUGGUUUGUUUUCCAUGCCAAUUCUAAGAGGUCUUUCCAUCUCUUUCCUUUGGUUGCCCACCAGCAGUUUGUUAAUUACAUUUGAACUGUCUCCUGCCAACUAUCCAGUAAGGAGGCCCAUUGUCACUGAGAAGAGACACCUGGGACCCAUGUGCAUUUCUCCAUUUCCUGGAUGUUGGCUUUGACUUGCUGCUAUCUCAUAGGACCCAGUUAGUGCCUUCUGUAUACGAAAGAUCAUCUCGUCCCUCAAUUUGUGAUCUGGAAUUUUGUGGAAAGGAUUAGAAAUCAGCAUCUGUAUUUUUAAGAUUAUAAUUCUCACUUUUUUUUUUUUUCUGAGACAGGGUCUUACUCUGUCACACUGGGUACAGUGGCAUCAGUCUGGCUCACAGCAACCUCAAACUCCUGGGCUCAAAUGAUAGUCCUACAUCAGCCUCCCAAGUAGCUGGGACUACAGGCACAUGCCACCACACCCAGCUAAUUUUUUGCAAUUUUUGGUAGAGACAGGGUUUCACUCAGACUAAUUCUCACCUACUUAUAAGAUAAUUUUUCCAUCUGAUGUACAUUGAUAGCAUCACUUUAGAUUGAGAGGAAAAUGCCAUCAAAUGUUAUUUCCCAAAAUUCCUUAUGGCCACUGCUUUCAGAUUCUGUCUUAGAAUUUAAACAUCUACUAAUUCUGGGAUGCAGAAGGAGGGGGUCUGGACAUCUGUGGAUUUGGGGCUACUCGAGGUGACACAAAAAUCACUAUUUUUAAGACUUCUGAAGUUAUAAAUAACCUUCUCUUUGCUUCAAGAAUAGUCAGGGUUUUAAACUAUUUUGUACAAUGAGAGCAUUUUCUUCCACAAAGAAUUUAACCCUCAUAUUAGAGUUGUCUAGUGUCUCCCCACCAGUGGAGUGGGUUUGAAGGUUUCUGGGUUGAUGUCUUGAUGCAUAAUGCUGCUGGUGACAUCAGCUGGCUGUGGGGCUCUGAAGUAAGUCUGUUCCUUGAAGCUUUGGGAAUCUGAAUGGAAGAGGAAAAGGGAGCUGUUAACAGAGAAUUUAGCAGAGCAACUUUAUGAGCACUUAGCCAUAGGAAACAAAUAUUACAUGCAGGCCUUACCUUAGGGGAGGAGAGUGGAUAGACAGAAAAUCAUUAGGUAAUUUAACCACUAAAUUGGGAUUUUUAGUAUCAAAUCACUUGCUGGCAGUUUAAUUGGCUAGAUUCUCUCUAGGCUGAUAAUUUAUAACUACCCAAAGUUAUGAACAUCCUUAGAGACCUGAAGUUUUUGAUAGACCUUAAAUAAGUGUCCUUAGUCAGUAGUUCCCAAAUCUGGCUAAUCAAAACUACCUAGGAAAUUUGUUAAAAUUUUUAAAAUUGUUUUAAAAUUUGGGAAGGGGAUCCCAACUUCAAACCUGCUGAAUCAAAAUUUCUAGAGGAUGAAGCCUCAGAAUGUGGUGGGUGAUGUUCUCAAAAUUUCGUAGAUAAUUCUAAUCUGCCUGGUUUGGAAACUUGCUGGAAAACUUGGUUAAGCUCCAGAGACCCAGUCAAGCCUGGUGGCUUAUGCCUGUAAUCCUCUAACCUUGGGAGGUCAUGGUGGGAGGACUGCUUGAGGCCAGAAGUUCAAGAUCAGCCUGUGCCUCUUGGCAAGACCCCAUCUCAACAAAAAAAAAUUUAAAAAUUAGCUGGGCAUGUUGGCAUGCCUGUAAUCCCAGCUACUCAGGAUGCUGGGGCAGAAGGAUCACUUAAGGAAGAAGUUGCAAUGAGCUGUGAUGAUACCCCUGUACUCUAUCCUGGGUAAUAGAGUGAGACCCUGUCUCAAAAAAAUACAUAAAAAUAUAGAGACUCGGGCCAUUCCUAUUUAAAUGAUCCUGCCCUUCUGUAUGCUCUGUUACCUUUCCAUAAUCCUGAAACACACCACCAGACUUUGAAAAUUGCUGUCCUAAGACAGAAAUCAGAGGCCAAAUAUCAGAGAAAAGAGGGCCAAGCCUUCAGUGGUGGUUGCUUUCUUAAUGCCAGUUAUUAUAACUGCAGUCUUUUGAGACCUUCUAGUUGUCUAAUGUAUUGGCAUUUGGGGGCAGAUUUUUGGUUAAAAUGUUUCUGGAAAAAAUAGAGUAGCAAAUUUCAUUUAUGUGAAGAGAUAGUUUCUUUUCCAUUGGCUUGAACCCUUGCAAAAAUCACAAAAUGAAUGGGGACCAAGUCUUGUAUUUAUGGUAGUUGUUGGCCUUUAAUGUGAGUUUGUAAAAGUACUAUUCUAUACUGAUAGUUCAAGAGUAUUAUAGAAACAUAGACUUUAUUUUUUAAAAGCCUUCUUUUAAAAUAAAGGUAAAUAUUCUGUUUAUCUGUUAAUUUACUAGUAUCAGUUGCUUAGAUCCAGCUGCCUAGUACCAAUUCUGUACUUGAUGUAACAUCCCAAAUACUGCUUGGAGAUGGGGACUUUUGUAAAAAUUAAAUAUACUUUCUUUUCCCAUUUGCUGACUCAGUAUUUACCUGCUUCUUCAAGCAUUCUGAAUUUCGUCUCCCAGUUGGUGAACAUUACAGGCCUAAAACUAGUUAAAGAAGGAAUUGAAAUAUAACUAAUUCUUCUCUAUGCUCUUAUCUGUAAAGCAAAGCAGUUAAUAUGAGGAAAAA